AAUACAUUGAAUAUUCCCUUUUCCCUCUUGCCACCCAACCCAACAAUUCUCUCUAUAUCCUCUUCUCCAACCUGUUUCAGCGUACCCAACCAACCAACCAACCAAAAUCAACCAACUUCAAUAGCCUCGCCUGUUGGUGGUGCCCGCAGCUGUGCCGUCAGGCGAGGCCGCUGGGUAAAUUCUGCUCCCUCGGAAUCAAUCACCCUCCUAUCCUGACCCGACCUGAUUGCUUCAACUCUCUCAGUCAUCAAUUUCCCAUACACUCGCAAACACGGUUAUUUGAGUACCUCCUGUCAGCUAUCCCCGUAUUUGGGACGAUCUGCCACCAUGCCACUUAUGCCGCUCACGCUAGAGCAGAAAGAUGCUAUUCGCGAGUAUCUUCAUGCCGACCCCCGAGGAAAACCACGUGGUGGGAUGCCCUUGUUGGUUUAUUUUGUGAUUACCGCCAAGAGUCCAGUUCGUAGGCUCUUGAAUAUACUUGUCCAUCCGAGCGAUUUCUACGACCCAACAGGCCCUCAAGUCCCACUCCGAAGACAGAACAGAGUACAGAUUUAUUUGUCCGAGACCUGUAGAAUUGUUGGCAUUCCCGAGGCGCUGAUCCUCAUGUACGAUGUCGCCGACCGGGAAAGUUUCGUCGAAUUGGAAAAGAGUUAUGAUAAGAUAUGCGACGUUCUUGAAUUGGAAAAGAACUAUGAUAAGACAGACAAACCACCGGCUAGGGGACUGUUCAAGAGGGUUACAGACAGACUCUUUAAGAGGCCUCAGUGGGAAGCGCCGGUCCCGUAUCCCAUCUUCGUUUUUGCUGUGAUCCUUAAUCGGUCGGCCUCGCGGCAGGUCACUUACGACGAAGGGUUGGAACUGAGCGAUCGUCUCAGUGCAAUCUUUCUUGAGACUUCUCGUACUGGGUUGAAUAACAAUUGCUUUGACGAUUUGGCGAGUCGGAGUAUCUUAGCGAGGACUAAAAAAGAACCGAAUCGAGUGGAUAGUUGA